AACAAAUUAUGACCUAUAUCUUCUGUUCAUUUCUAUUCUGCUACUAUUCUUACUACUACAAAUCAUAAUAAUAUCAUAAAAUCUAUAUUAAUUACAGGAAGUGUGGUCUUUAUUUUAAGCCUAAUUUUAGUAAUAGACAUCUGUCGGAACUGAAUAAAUACUCGGCUGCAAAAAAAUAGACUGAUUAAACAAACAUUUUCCAUAUAAAUAUGAUGGUCUUUAACGCGAUUGUCAUCAGAUUUCAACAUGAAGGUUCUCCUAUACUUCUUACUUGUUGGAUUCGGAUUGCAGAUAACUUCCGCAUCUGAUUACGUUUGUCAGAGCGGUUUAAACAGUUUUAACAUCUUUAGUGGUUCAGGCUACUUGAAAAGUAGAAAUUUUCCAUCAAAUUAUAACAAUUACGAAAAUUGUCAUUACUUUUUUAACCCGCCAGCUAAUUACGUUGUUAAGCUUGUAUUUAGAGAUUUUGAGUUAGAAGGUCGAAAACCUUACUGUCGCUAUGAUAAGCUUAAAAUAUCCACUCGAAGCUAUUCAAAAAUUUUCUGCGGACAGAGUUCAAUAAGUGGAUCUUCUACAACCACUGGCACUGUACUUAUUGGGGAAUGGAUAACUAUCAGAGCGCCGUUUAACAUCUCAUUUACAACCGAUAGUUCUAUAACUCGUAGGGGAUUUGAGAUAGAAUUCAAGUUUGAAGGCGAUCAUUCAGGUAGCAGUCCACAAUAUGGAAAUAACUCCUCUACAUAUCCUCACGGAAACAGUUCCACUGGAUAUCCUCACUAUCCACACCACAAUGGCUCCACCAAUUAUCCUCAUGGAAACAGCUCCACUGGAUAUCCUCACUAUCCGCACCACAACAGUUCCACAAACUAUCCUCAUGGAAAUAGUUCCACUGGUUAUCCCCACUAUCCACAUCACAACAGUUCUACUGGCUAUCCCCAUUAUCCACACCACAAUGAUUCCACGAACUAUCCUCAUGGAAACAGUUCCACUGGAUAUCCUCACUAUCCACACCACAAUGGCUCCUCCAAUUAUCCUCAUGGAAACAGCUCCACUGGAUAUCCUCACUAUCCGCACCACAACAGUUCCACAAACUAUCCUCAUGGAAAUAGUUCCACUGGUUAUCCCCACUAUCCACAUCACAACAGUUCUACUGGCUAUCCCCAUUAUCCACACCACAAUGAUUCCACGAACUAUCCUCAUGGAAAUGGUUCCACUGGCUAUCCCCACUAUCCACACCAUAACAGUUCAACUGGCUAUCCCCAUUAUCCACACCACAACAGUUCUACUGGAUAUCCACAUUAUCCACACCACAACAGUUCCACGAACUAUCCUCAUGGAAAUGGUUCCACUGGCUAUCCCCACUAUCCACACCAUAACAGUUCAACUGGCUAUCCCCAUUAUCCACACCACAACAGUUCUACUGGAUAUCCACAUUAUCCACACCACAACAGUUCCACGAACUAUCCUCAUGGAAAUGGUUCCACUGGCUAUCCCCACUAUCCACACCACAACAGUUCUACUGGAUAUCCACAUUAUCCACACCAAAACAGCUCCACUGGAUAUCCUCACUAUCCGCACCACAACAGUUCCACAAACUAUCCUCAUGGAAAUAGUUCCACUGGUUAUCCCCACUAUCCACAUCACAACAGUUCUACUGGCUAUCCCCAUUAUCCACACCACAACAGUUCCACAAACUAUCCUCAUGGAAAUGGCUCCACUGGCUAUCCCCACUAUCCACACCACAACAGUUCCACUGGAUAUCCACAUUAUCCACACCACAACAGUUCUACUGGCUAUCCCCAUUAUCCACACCACAAUGAUUCCACGAACUAUCCUCAUGGAAAUGGUUCCACUGGCUAUCCCCACUAUCCACACCACAACAGUUCUACUGGAUAUCCACAUUAUCCACACCAAAACAGUUCCACUGGAUAUCCACAUUAUCCACACCACAACAGUUCCACAAACUAUCCUCAUGGAAAUGGCUCCACUGGCUAUCCCCACUAUCCACACCACAACAGUUCCACUGGAUAUCCACAUUAUCCACACCACAACAGUUCUACUGGAUAUCCCCAUUAUCCACACCACAAUGAUUCCACGAACUAUCCUCAUGGAAAUGGUUCCACUGGCUAUCCCCACUAUCCACACCAUAACAGUUCAACUGGCUAUCCCCAUUAUCCACACCACAACAGUUCCACAAACUAUCCUCAUGGAAAUGGCUCCACUGGCUAUCCCCACUAUCCACACCACAACAGUUCCACUGGAUAUCCACAUUAUCCACACCACAACAGUUCUACUGGCUAUCCCCAUUAUCCACACCACAAUGAUUCCACGAACUAUCCUCAUGGAAAUGGUUCCACUGGCUAUCCCCACUAUCCACACCACAACAGUUCUACUGGCUAUCCCCAUUAUCCGCACCACAAUGAUUCCACGAACUAUCCUCAUGGAAAUGGUUCCACUGGCUAUCCACAUUAUCCACACCACAACAGUUCCACUGGCUAUCCCCAUUAUCCGCACCACAAUGAUUCCACGAACUAUCCUCAUGGAAAUGGUUCCACUGGCUAUCCCCACUAUCCACACCACAACAGUUCUACUGGAUAUCCACAUUAUCCACACCAAAACAGUUCCACUGGAUAUCCACAUUAUCCACACCACAACAGUUCCACAAACUAUCCUCAUGGAAAUGGCUCCACUGGCUAUCCCCACUAUCCACACCACAACAGUUCUACUGGCUAUCCCCAUUAUCCGCACCACAAUGAUUCCACGAACUAUCCUCAUGGAAAUGGUUCCACUGGCUAUCCACAUUAUCCACACCACAACAGUUCCACUGGCUAUCCCCAUUAUCCACACCACAACAGUUCUACUGGAUAUCCACAUUAUCCACACCACAACAGUUCCACAAACUAUCCUCAUGGAAAUGGCUCCACUGGCUAUCCACAUUAUCCACACCACAACAGUUCCACAAACUAUCCUCAUGGAAAUGGCUCCACUGGCUAUCCCCACUAUCCACACCACAACAGUUCUACUGGCUAUCCACAUUAUCCACACCACAACAGUUCUACUGGCUAUCCCCAUUAUCCACACCACAACAGUUCCACAAACUAUCCUCAUGGAAAUAGUUCCACUGGCUAUCCACACAACAACGGAUCCGUACAUCAUCCUCGUAGAAACUGCUCAACUAGCAAUCCCCACUACCCACACCAAGCUCAAAGAUGCGUUGGAAAUCAAGUCGUUGCGAAUGAAUUUGGAAAUAUAGUGCACGAAGGAUAUCCAGGAAAGUAUGAGAGAUACUCGUGGUGCUCAUUUGACUUUCCAAGUCCUCCUGAAAAGGAGUUGAUGGUAAAAUUUAUAAGAUUCGAUCUGGAGAAUAGUGGAAAUUGUAUGUCUGAUUUAUUAACGUUUUCAUCGAUUGGAGGUUUUAGAAGAAUCUUUUGCUCCAACGGAACUGAUGAAAAGAGUCCAGCUAUGCAUGUAUGGAUUGCAGUGCCAACACCCCUUCACAUUGAAUUCAAAUCGAAUGGAAUAGUAAACGGAAAAGGAUUUCAUAUACAGUAUAAGUUUGUCAAUUCGAGUAAUGUUAACAAUCUGCAUAUGGUAGGAAGCUAUUACACAAUGAAAGAAGCAACAAACACCCACAAUCAAGGUUCAUCUGCUGAACAGAGACCAGUAGAAACUAACAGACCUUGCCAUAGUAAUUCGACUAAUCCUUAAGGAAACAUUCAAAAAAUCAUUUAAGAAAAGAGAAAAAAUUCAAAUAGAUUUCAAUUUUUGAAUAAAUAUUUAACGAAGCAUUGAAAGAGAUAGUAAAUGUAGAAUAUUUGUAAUAUCAUUA